AUGGUAAUUGCAAAGUAUUUUGAGUAUGAAAGUGAUUUCAUUAAUAUUAUUUGUACAUGUAAAAAAAAUAAAAAUAUUCUUGAAAUGUUUCAUUAUAAUCCAAUUCCAAUACUUUCUACAACAUUAUUUCCAAAUAUUGAAACACAUUAUUUAUAUUUUCCAUUUGAUAAAAAACUUCCUUCAGUUAAAUUAGAAGCUAUUUGUUAUGAAGUAACAUAUUCUCAAUUCUUAGAAUUUCAAAAAGAAAAAAUAAAAUGUUUUAAAAUAACAUAUACACAAAAUGAUAGAAUAAAAUAUGGUAAUAUUAUACCUUAUGGAAUAAAUAAAAUUGGUGAACAUUGUUUUGAAGAAAGUGAUAUUAAAGAAAUAAAUAUUCCAAAUUCUGUAACUUCAUUAGGAAAUAAUUGUUUUGCUCAUUGUACAAAUUUAUCUUCAGUACAAUUAUCUUCAAAUCUUGUUAAUUUACCAUUUAUGUGUUUUUCUAGUUGUAUUAAUUUAACUACAAUGAUUAUUCCAGAUUCUGUUCAAUCUAUGGAUGCUAGUUUUUUUAAUUGUCAACAUUUACAGUCAAUAACAUUAUCAACAUCAUUAAAAUAUAUUGGAUGUAGUUGUUUUAAAUUUUGUGUUUCACUUCAUUCAAUAAAAUUUCCAUCAUCAUUACAUUGUAUUGGACAAAAUGCAUUUAAUUGUUGUAUUUUAUUAGAUAAAAUUGUUCUUCCAGAUUCUGUUUAUAAAAUUGAUGAAGAAGCUUUUUCAAAAUGUUCAACAUUAUCAUCUAUUAGAUUAUCUGCUGAUUUAGCUGAAAUUGGUAGAAAUUGUUUUAAGAAUUGUCAUUCAUUAAGAGAAUUUAUUAUUCCACCAUCAGUUUGUUUAAUGGAAGCGGGAGUUUUAACUAAUUGUAAUAGAAUUGAAUUUUUUGAUGCAACACAAGAUAAAAAUGGUGAUUUUAUUUAUGAAUUUACACAACAUGAAAGUGAAAUGAUAAAACGAGUUUGUCAAAUAUAUAAUAAGAAAGUAGGAUUUUAUAAUAUUAAUUAUAUUGAUGAAAAUCAACAAACAGAAAAAGAUGCUAUCAUUGAUUUUAAUUGUAGUAUUAUUGCUAAAGAAGCAUUUAAAGAUAAUAAAUUUAUUGAAUCAAUUGCAAUUCCACCUAGUAUUAUUCAUUGUGAUAAUUCAUGUUUUGAGAAUUGUACAUCAUUAACAUCAGUUUAUAUUCCAACAUCAUUAACUGCUUUAUGUGAUUCUGCAUUUGAAGGAUGUAUUAAUUUAAAAAUAAUUGAUAUUCCAAUGUGUUCAUUUGAAUAUGUUCAUUCAGAAGUAUUUAAAGAUUGUUCAUCACUUCAACAUAUUCAAAUACCAACAAGUGUUCACACAAUGUGUGAUUCAUGUUUUGAAAAUUGUAUUAAUUUAAUAGAAUUAAAUAUUCCUAAUGGUGUAACUAAAAUUGGAGAAACAUGUUUUAUAAAUUGUUCUUCAAUGACUGGAUUAACAAUACCAUCAAGUGUUGAAAUUAUUGGAUUAGAAUGUUUUGUUAAUUGUUCUUCUCUUCAAUCACUUCAAAUUCCUUUAGAUUUAAAUGGAAAUUAUAAAUUUCCAAUUUCAUAUAAUGAAUAUCUUUUAUUUAAGUCUUUAGGAAUACAUUGUAAUAAUAUUGUUUUAACUCAAAAUGAUAUUGGUGAAGAUGAAAAUAUUCCUAUUGAUGUUCCACUUAAAUUAAAUAAUGAAUUAUUUAGAGGAAGUAAUGAAAAUCAUUUUAUUAUUCCUUCUAAUGUUAUUGAAAUUGGAGAUCUUUGUUUUGGAGAAUGUUUUCAAUUAACAUCACUUGAACUUCCAUCUUCUAUUACUAAAAUUGGAAAAGAAGCAUUUGCAGGGUCUAGUCAAUUAAAAGAAAUUAAAAUACCAUCAAAAAUAAGUAAAAUAGGAUCAUUUUCAUUUGAAGGAUGUUAUAAUUUAACACAUAUUGAUUUUGGAAAUAGAAAAGAUUAUCCAUUUACUGUUUCAUUAAUAUGUUCUUAUAUUUUAAAAAGAUGUGGAUUACAUUGUAAUAAUUUAUGUUAUUCAAGAAAUGACUUUUUAUUAUUAAAUCAAAUAUAUUCAAGUCAUAUUCCUUAUUUUGCUUCAUCAUGUUGUAAUGAUGUUUAUAAUUAUCAAUUAGAAAGAUGUAUAAUUCCAACAACAAUAACAAGAAUAUGUUCUAAUCAAUUUUUUGAUUGUGUUUCUUUAACUUAUAUUGAUAUUCCAUCAUCAGUAUCAAAAAUUGGAAGAACAUCAUUUGCAAAUUGUUAUAGUUUAAAAGAAAUUAUUUUUCCACCACAAGUUAUUAAAUUAAAAGAUAAUGUAUGUAUGUCAAAUUAUUUAUUAACUAAAGUUAUUCUUCCAACAUCAUUAACAAGAAUUGGUAAUUAUUCUUUUUAUUCAUGUCGUUCAUUACAAUCAAUUAAAAUACCAAAAUAUGUUCAAUUUAUUGGUAAAGCAUGUUUUAAUAGAUGUACAAGUCUUAAACAUAUUGAAUUUGAACAAAACUGUGAAUUAUCUCAUCUUUCAUUUAGUGCAUUUUAUAAAUGUUUUACUUUAGAAUCAUUUCAAUUACCAACUACAGUUUCUCGUAUUGAUUCUUUUUGUUUCUUUAAAUGUGAGAAUUUAACUAGUAUUACUCUUCCUUCUUCAUUAAAACAUCUUGGUUAUGUUGUAUUUAAACGAUGUUUUUCACUUCAAAAUAUUAUUAUUGAAAAUGGACUCUUAGAUAUUGGUAAAGGUUGUUUUUCAUCUUGUACUUCAUUACAAUCUAUUUGUAUUCCAAACUCAGUUAGUAGAAUGGAAGGUGGUUGUUUCUUACAUUGUAAAUCAUUAACUUCAUUAACAUUAUCUUCAUCAUUGAAAACACUUCAUGUAGCAUGUAUUGAUGGUUGUACAUCAUUGAAACAAAUUUAUAUAGGAAAUAAAAGAAUUAAAGAAUAUCCUUUUAACAUUAGUUAUAAACAAUCACUUAUCUUAAAUUCUAUAGGAAUAAAUACACCUCAUGUAAUAUUUACAUCACAUGAUAUCCCACCAAAUCAAUCAAAUAUAGAAGUACCAAAUGGGGUAAUUGUUAUUGAUGAUAAUUGUUUUAGAAAUAAUAGAAAAAUUGACACUGUUACAAUAAAUGAUUCAAUAAAACUAAUUGGUAAAUAUGCAUUUAAAUCAUCUAUUCUUCUUCAACCUCCAAAUAUUCCAAAUGGAUGUGUUGUUGAUCCUACUGCCUUUGAGGAUAUGAAAAUUGUCAAAAAUAAACAAGACUUUCUUCAACAAUUUCAAAAUAAUAAAAGCACUCAACUAAAACAUAUUCCAAAUAAUGUUGAAGAUCAAUGUUCAAUUGCUUAA